AUGAAACUUUUCACCCUUGCUUCUACCAUUGCAGCAUUCAGCCUUUUGAAGCAAGUAGAUUCUGCUACAGAAUAUCCCUGUGCUGGGCAUACCUUUCCUGCCAGCUAUAUACAUCAAGUAGCACAACAUGCUUGGACUGUUGAUAUUCAAUCUCGAGGCGGAUUUCCUUGCAGUGUCUCAUUUGUCCCUCAAUCUAGCAGAUACGGACCAGCCAGACAAUAUCCGCUUCUCCCUUCACACGAAAUUUGGCAAAGUGGAAGUUACAAUUUUGUGAUUAAUUCAAAUCGAGAAAGGAGUGUAAUAGAAGUAUACGAAAUUGUGGGUGCAGAUUGGAACCCUUGCAGGGGCGUGAGCACUUGA